GAGAUUUUUUACGUAAACGCAUGCGCAUGUAUAAAGUAGCCAUCUUGUUCCCGGUUUGUCAUCUGCCCGUGCAACUAUCGUGAAAAAUUGUGAUGUUUUGAGCAUUUAUUACGUCAGAAAUCAUAAUUAUUACGUCCGUACAAAAAGAGAGUGAUGUUUUCUGUCAGCGGACUUCAUCCACAGCUGAUAGCACCGCUGUCACAAGUUGUCAAUGUCUUCAACUCCCUGAAGAGUUCGACAACUUGUCAUGCGUCGGCAUGGCAACGGCUCCAACAGAAGAACCGGAAGGAACAGAGCGAGUUCACAGUGUCUGACGCCAGUGUUUCUCUGAUAUUGAAGGACCUAGGAUUGUCGGGGAUUUCGCCUUCUGUGAUCGCCCAGGAGGUCAAUAACCUCUUACCCACAGCCAUCGCUCCGUUGUUGGACCAGAAACCCAGCCACUGGCAAACUAGCUAUGUUUCUGCAGAGUCCUUCUUUGAAAAUAAGCAUGGCAUGCCUCCCCGUUUGUUUGAGAGUUAUACCAGAAGAAAUAUGUCCAGCCUCCUGCCAGCACACCUCAGUAUUCAGCCUACUUUCCCUGUCUCCCCGGUUUUACAACAGAGACGUGGCUUCAAAACACGAGCUCAGCGCAGCAAACUCAAGAUGGAAGAAGAGGAGGCUUCUGGAGUUCUGUCUGGCAUGAAGUCGACCCUUGCCAAGGAUAAACCCAUUGACGUGAACAAGAUUGUGAAGGAACAUAACAUAAAGGAGGGGAACCGGGAAGCCUUCAAGUUUGGUUUUGCAGAUGGCUACCUGAUGGCACAGGCACAGUCACUCAAAGGAAUUGAUGUCAACAAGCUUGCAGCCAGUCGAGUGAAGGGGGGUGGAGACCAAGACGCAUUCAAGAGGGGGUUUGAGGAAGGUUUCCUGAUGUCUAAGGAACAUGUCCCCAAAACAACAACUUGGACAUCGUACUUCAUGCGAGCGCUGGGCAGCACCCUGGUGUUCACCAUCAUCUUCAUCAUCCUCAUCAACCUGCUGGCCAUGAGUUUCACCUCUGAGAUGAGAGGACGACUGCGUUUUUCUGGUAUGGACACGUCCGUGCAGGCGGUUAAGGACAACAACGUGACGUUUGAAGACGUAAAGGGCUGCCAAGAAGCUAAAGAGGAGCUAGAAGAGGUGGUGAACUUCCUGAGAGAUCCUGACAGAUUCACCAACCUGGGGGGCAAACUACCAAAGGGUGUGUUGUUGGUUGGCCCACCUGGUACAGGUAAAACCCUCCUGGCACGUGCCGUGGCAGGGGAAGCGGACGUCCCGUUCUUCUACGCCAGCGGCUCGGAGUUUGACGAGAUGUUUGUGGGAGUGGGAGCCAGCAGAGUCAGGAACCUGUUCACUGCUGCUAAAAAGAACGCCCCAUGUGUGGUGUUUCUGGACGAGCUGGACUCCGUGGGGGGGAAGCGAGUGGACUCUCCCGUCCACCCCUACUCCAGGAUGACCAUUAACCAGCUGUUGGCCGAGAUGGACGGCUUCAAGCAGAACGAGGGGGUCAUCGUCAUGGGCGCCACCAACUUUGUGGAGGUUCUAGACCCGGCGUUGACCCGUCCCGGCAGGUUUGACACCACAGUGACAGUGCCUCGUCCAGAUGUCAAAGGUCGUCUUGAGAUCCUGAAGUUGUACCUUGGCAAGGUGAAAGUUGACACAGACGUGGAUGGGGACAUCCUGGCACGAGGCACGGUAGGAUUUACCGGAGCAGACCUGGAGAACAUGGUUAACCAGGCAGCGCUGCACGCCGCUUCGGUCGGGCACCAGUUUGUCACCAUGGCCGACCUGGAGUUCGCCAAGGACAAAAUCCUCAUGGGUCCUGAGAGACGGAGUGCACAGAUCGAUGACAAGAAUAAGAAGAUCACAGCGUACCAUGAGGGAGGCCACGCCUUGGUGGCGUUCUACACCAAAGAUGCCACGCCCAUCAACAAGGCCACCAUCAUGCCCAGAGGGCCUACAUUGGGACAUGUCUCCCUCUUGCCUGAGAAGGACCGGAAUGAGACCAAAUCUCAGCUGCUGGCUCAGAUGGACAUCUGUAUGGGAGGCAGGGUGGCAGAGGAGAUUUUCUUUGGACCCGACAAUAUCACUACAGGUGCAUCCAGUGACUUUGAGCAGGCAACCAAGAUCGCAAGAAUGAUGGUGACGAGAUUUGGAAUGAGUGAGAAGGUGGGAGUGAUGGUGUCCGGUGAAAGUGGUCUUAGUCCAGAAAUGAAGGCCAUGAUCGAGACUGAAGUCAGACAUAUGUUGAAGGAGUCCUACAAACGUGCAGAGACUCUGUUAAAAACCCACGCCAGGGAGCACAAGACAUUGGCAGAGGCACUGCUAAGAUACGAGACGCUCACCGCAGACGAGAUCCGAGAAGUCUUGGACGGGAAGCAGCUGCAAAACAGAUGAUCAACAAAGCUGUCCCCCACCCGUUUCUGGUUUGGACUAGUCCAGUGUGAGAUUCCGUGAUGACAUGAUAAAGAUGACCUGCCCCACCUAAACCCAAAAUGGACUGGUCCAGUAUCAGACUUAUUUGGGCAACAUUGGAAGCAAAGAUUACUCAUCUAGGGGUGUUACAAAUAGCAUAGAUUGCCCUUAUAUUGGCUGGCAAUUGUCUGACCAUCCCUAUCCUUGGAAGUGAAGAAAAGUGCUCUUUUGCUAUUAAGUACAAUUUCCUCUUUCAUGAGUUUUAUUUCAGGGAAUUCUUCACUGCAUGAAACCUCAAUCUUACUAUUUUAUUGUUAUCAAAAGUGGGCUGAAAAAUCCCACAUUAGAGUCUGACUUUGUGGAAUGUAAAAAUGCUGAGCACCUGGCUUUGUAUGGCAAGCAUCCCUUUUGCAACUUUUAGAUGAACUUCACUAUGAAUAUAGAUAUUAGUUUUUUCUUGACAAGAACUCUGCCAUUUCCUUUGCUUGGCUCUUGUUCUUUAAGCAUGCUUGUCUGUGAUAUGACCUGUCUUAAGCAUAUGUAAGUUAACUAAAUCCACACUAGAAAUAAGUUUGGAACAUUCUUGAAUGUAUUAUUCCACUAUUAGAAAAUAUGCUUGGUCAGUGAAAUGUGUUAGAGGUAACAGUGUAAAUACAUGUGAAAACAAGACAAUAGAAUUGUAUGGUUAACAGACAAUGCACCAACUUGUGCUGGAUGAUAUGUAUAUCAUAUAUGGUCAUAUUCUAUAGUACUUAAGUUAACAUUCUUCACAUUGUAGUGAUAAGAAAAUGUCUUGACAUGCCAAAAAUCUCUUGUUGCAAACCUGUAGGUCAACCAAGUGAUCGAAAACAAAGCCAGGUUGAAAGUGAUUUGAUCUUUCUGAAUGAAAAGAUGGAUUAUGAACAGUUAGGAAAUACUCCAUUGUAUUUCUGUCUUGAUCACAUUGCAAUAAACAUGGUGUACAAUAAAAA